AUGGCAUAUCAGCAAAGACGCGACGUUCGAGAAAUUACAAGGGACAUUAUCAGGGACGCUCGUGUUACUAACCGACAGUCCAUGUCGCCUGGAGCACGCGACCGCUUCCCGUCGACCUCCUCUACGGACGACAACGAGUCUGGCACAGAUGGCGAGGCUGAGCGCACGAGACGUGCUCUCGCGCACGUGCCGCCGCCCGGCAUGGUGUCGGUGCGCAAGCGGCGCGGCAACUUGCCCAAGCACUCGGUCAAGAUACUGAAGAGAUGGCUCUACGAGCACCGGUACAACGCGUACCCCAGCGACGCCGAGAAGCUCACCCUCAGUCAGGAGGCCAAUCUGACUGUAUUGCAAGUAUGCAACUGGUUCAUAAAUGCGCGUCGCCGCAUCCUGCCGGAGAUGAUCCGGCGCGAAGGACACGACCCGCUGCACUACACGAUCUCGCGCCGCGGCCGCAAGCAGCUCAGCGGUUCAGGACAGGCCGGCGUGCUCGUCGCCUCCUGGGACAACGUCGAAGGGACGGAGGGCGAACGCAGUCGCGAAAACGAGUACGGCGAUGGGCUGCUGGUGUACCAAAGCGAUGGUGACGCGGAGGAGGACUACUCCUCCAGUGCCGUCAGCGAGGAGGAAGUCAAGUACGACCCCUCCGUCUGGCAGUCCGUCAUACGUUACGGGCCCGAAGACCGCGAGCUGCACCCCGCUGCUAGAGGGAGCGCUGCGGUGGUGACGGUGCGCACGUCGGACGAGGCCGCGGCGGAGGAGGCGGCGGCGGCAGGCGGCCCCGGCGGCGCGGGGAGCGGCGCGGGCGGCACGCGCUCCGACGGCGGCGGCUGGCACCCGCAGCUCGCGCAUCUACCGCAGCUGCCGCACCCGCUGCGUAGGCGUCUGCAGGUGAUUCCAAACAGUGUGACGGCAGAAGGCGAGCGCGACAAGUUCAAGUGCCUGUACCUGCUGGUGGAGACGGCGGUGGCGGUGCGCCAGCGGGAGAAGGAGCAAGAGGAGGUCGCCGUCUAG